CGCACAGUCUGGCAACACCAGGGCAGAGCUCCAGGCGCAGGCCGGGAUGUUCGUCCUGGUGGAGAUGGUGGACACCGUGCGAAUCCCCCCGUGGCAGUUUGAGAGGAAGCUCAACGACUCUAUUGCCGAGGAGCUGAACAAGAAAUUGGCCAACAAGGUUGUGUACAACGUGGGACUCUGCAUCUGUCUGUUUGACAUCACCAAGCUGGAGGAUGCCUAUGUGUUCCCAGGGGAUGGCGCUUCACAUACCAAAGUACAUUUUCGCUACGUGGUGUUCCACCCAUUCCUGGAUGAGAUUUUGAUUGGGAAGAUCAAGGGCUGCAGCCCAGAGGGAGUGCAUGUCUCUCUAGGGUUCUUUGAUGACGUUCUCAUCCCCCCAGAGUCACUGCAGCAGCCUGCCAAGUUUGAUGAAGCAGAACAGGUGUGGGUGUGGGAGUAUGAGACAGAGGAGGGAGCACACGACCUGUACAUGGACACUGGUGAGGAGAUCCGCUUCCGAGUGGUGGAUGAGAGCUUUGUGGACACGUCUCCUACAGGGCCCAGCUCUGCGGAGGCCACCUCUUCCAAUGAGGAGCUGCCAAAGAAGGAGGCUCCAUACACACUUGUGGGAUCCAUCAGUGAGCCUGGCCUGGGCCUUCUCUCGUGGUGGACCAGCAACUAGAUCCGGGGUUCGACGGGGAACUUGCCCAUCCAGUAGACCCUACCUCAGCCCUGGGGAAGGUGGUGCAGCUGGUCCUGAGCAGAUGCUGAGGAGUCCAUGUCACCCAGGACCAGAAGGGGCAGGGGUCAGCACUUCUGCCAGCAUGUCCUCCCUCCCCAGUGACCUAGCUCUGCUCUUCCCCACAGAGCGCUACCCCUGAAGUCCUGCCAUCCCUGUGAUUUUUUUUUUUUUUUUUUUUUUUUUUUUGGCGGUGCUGGGGGAUGAUGGAACAUAGGGCCUGCCACAUGCUAGGCAAAGACUGAGACCACUGAGCCACACCCCCAGCCCUAUCCAGUCCCAUCCUGUGGUUUUCAGUGAUAGUAACAUUUUAAUAAAGUAAUGGCAGCAUCUGCAGGGAAGGAUCAUCAAGAUCCUUCCCUGGAUUUGUCUCAAUGGCCAAUGUCAUGA